UGACCCACUCUCCUCACGCUCAUCGUCGCCCUCCCGUCGUCACGCUCCUCCACGCUCUCGCUAUGGCACUAGACUACCUUCGUUCGUACCAGCACCAGUAGCAAGGUGUCUGUCAGCCCUUCCAAUACCAUGCCUACGACUGCGGACACGUACACUCCUCAUCCUAGCACCCCUCCUCGUCGGCGCCCUUGUUCUCGCCCUGUUCUCAGCGUACGAGCCUCACAUCGAAAUCACAUUCUACCCCCGCUCGUGGAUAUCCUCCGCCAUCGACAUCGACACCCUCCCACCCGCCCUCUUCACCGCCGUCGAAAAAUGCUUCCACCCAGACCACCUCGACCCCACAUACCCCAACAUAUCCGCCGUGCCCAGCGAGCUUGAGAUCCUUUCAGGCAUGGCCAUGAGGCUCGGCACCGACUGCUAUGACUUUGCAGGCUCCAUCAAGUCUGCGCAGCCCCAGUCUGUCGCGGCGGAUGCACCGGGCGAGAAACGCAUCUUCCACACGUACUGGCGCGUCGACCUCGCGCCGUUCUCAGAGCGCCAGUCGCAGAUGCUGCGCUCAUUUUUCGCCACGCAGAGACUUCACACCUCGCGCCUGAUUCUGUGGACGAAUGGCCCCGGGCUCGACGAGAAUGUGUUCGUGAAGCAUUAUCUGGACCGGUACCCAGACAACUUGGAGGUCAAGGUCGUGGAUAUGCAGGCGCUUGCACAGGGGACGGCGAUGGCCGAUAGUCCGCUGUUGGGGAACCACGGCGUGGAGGACACGAAGGCGUGGGUUGAUGGAGACAUUGUGAGGUUGCUGGUUAUCUGGGCGAAUGGUGGAACAUGGGUGGACAUGGACUCGCUCCUCACGCGCGACCUCAGCCCUCUGCUUGAUGGCGAGUGGGUCUCGCAGUGGGACUGCUACGACAAGCUCUACCGCCCGCUCAACGGCGCACUCAUGUCCUUCCACAAACACUCCCCCUACCUCUGCGGCGCCUUCGAGCUCAUGGCCAGUGGACCCCCGCCCCGCGCGGACAGCACCGACUGGGGCAGCACGCUCUACCUCCGCCUCUGGCGCAUCCUCGUCCGCCUCGGCGGCGACGCCUCCGUCCCGCUCAACCUCCUCCCCUCGGGGCCCUACCCGCCCCCGCGCGGCGCCCCUAUCAGGCCGUUCAAGAUCUUGCCCUGGUGUUUCUCGGACGGGCGCUCGUGCAGGCUCGACUCGCGCCUGCCGGAUCCGUUCGAGAAGGACGGGGGCGGGAGCGGGAGGUGGUGGCGCGAGAAGGCGGACAAGGCUGUCGCUGUUGCCGGGACGAAGAUGGGGAAGGAGGUGCAUGUGUCUGGGUCGCCGCUCGAUCGGGCGUUGCAUCAGGUGUUCGCGGUGCAUCUGCACAACCAGUGGGAGAAGUCGUUUCCCAAGGAUGGAUGGGUUGAGCGGCUGAUGCUGGAUCGAUACACCGAGGUUUUGGGGGACGGAGGGUCUAAAAACCUCUAGAGUUCCUUCGAAGAUGACAUUGUUUAACUGUUAUAUAAGUAUUGUAGAACUUUACUAGUGUCCUACAAUCUUCACGAGUGUACAU